GUACGCCCGGUCGGAAAGCUAUGGCAGCUGGACGCGACGUUCAGUCGGAUGCAGACCGAAGUGAGUCUGCGUCGGCUGCCGUUCACACGCCAAACUGGCUCUGUCCACCGACCCACGCGUGUCCAAGCUCGCAGCUCGAGAAAGCGCCCAGCGCGCAAGUAGCGGAGACCAACGUGGCGGACAGCCGUCGGCUUGCCUUCGUCGGACGCCCGCCCGGGACUGGGAAGCCAGCCGAUCGGCUUGUCCCCGGAGACUAGCGCUCUCGAAGCACGCGCGCGCCGGGCAACGAGGCGAGGCGGAGGCGAACGGUUCGCUCGCAGGGCGCCUUUAUCGGCAGGUGAGCAGCGAGAGGCGUAAACAGCGAGGAAACAAAAAAGCGCGAGUCGCGAUCGAAGCUCGCGCGAAGGCGGUGCGGUGGGGAUGGAUGCAAGUGGCUCGCAUCCAUCCGCGCGCGAGCGAGGGACAGUCCUCGUCGCAAGCUCGUCGCGCGCGCAGCGCCGGACGUGAGAUGCUGCGCUGACGGGACGCCAGACGGAGACGACCAUGAGGCAGCGCCUGCUGAUACUCCAGCUGCUCGCGACGAUCGUCGGAGCGCAGAAGAGCCUCGAGUUUUUCGACCUGCUGCCGGAGGACCCGAAGCUGUACGACAAGAUGCGACCGCCGAAGAAGGACGGCCAGGCCACCGUGGUCUACUUCCACGUGACGGUGAUGGGUCUAGACUCCAUCGACGAGGGCUCGAUGACCUACGCGGCCGACAUCUUCUUCGCGCAGACCUGGAAGGACAACCGACUGCGGCUGCCCGAGAACAUGACCUCCGAGUACAGGUUGCUCGAGGUCGACUGGCUGAAGAACAUGUGGCGGCCGGACUCGUUCUUCAAGAACGCUAAAUCCGUCACCUUCCAGACCAUGACCAUACCCAACCACUACCUCUGGCUCUACAAAGACAAGACCAUCCUCUACAUGGUCAAAUUGACGCUGAAGCUCUCGUGCGCCAUGAACUUCCUCAUUUACCCGCACGACACGCAGGAGUGCAAGCUGCAAAUGGAGAGCCUGUCGCACACCACCGAGGAGAUGAUAUUCCAGUGGGACCCCGACGUGCCGCUGGUGGUCGACGAGAACAUCGAGCUGCCGCAGCUGCAGCUCAUUAAGAACUACACGGCUGACUGCACGCAGGUCUACUCCACUGGCAACUUCACCUGCUUGGAGGUGAUAUUCGUGCUGAAGCGCCGCCUCGGCUACUACCUGUUCCACACCUACGUGCCGACCUGUCUGAUCGUCAUCAUGUCGUGGGUGUCCUUCUGGAUCAAGCCCGAGGCGGCGCCGGCCCGGGUAACACUGGGUGUGACCUCGCUGCUCACGCUGUCGACGCAGCACGCCAAGAGCCAGGCGGCGCUGCCGCCCGUCUCCUACCUCAAGGCCGUGGACGCCUUCAUGUCGGUGUGCACGAUAUUCGUGUUCAUGGCGCUGAUGGAGUACUGCCUGGUGAACAUCGUGCUGGUGCUGGGCGAGUCGCCGGAGCCGCCGAAGCCGCCGCCGCCACCGCCGGCAGCGGCCGCGCAACCGCCGAGCUCCGCCCCGGCGCCCAACUCCGCCAAGCUCGACAAGAUCUUCGACAUCGCCCGCACGUACCCCGGCAACGCGGAUAUCGGGCGGAGGGUCAGCCACCACCGCGAUUCAAUUCGUUGCCCUUGCAUGCAGGAGAACGCGAUGCUGCUGUCAGGACGCUCGCAGAAGUCGCAGUCGGCGGGCCCGCCGCCGGGGCCCAACAAGGUGCAGAGAUCCAAGCUGCUCGCCGUCAGCAUCGACCGCUGGUCGCGCUUCUUGUUCCCCGCGCUCUUCGCCUGCCUCAACGUCAGCUACUGGGUCAUCUUCUGGAAGUACAUCUAGAUCGCGUCGAC